AAAUUGCACUAGUCAUUUUCUCAAAAGACUAUGCUUCUUCCACAUGGUGUUUGAAAGAACUUGUGCAUAUACUAGAAUGCAAGAAAAGCCAUGGACAGAUUGUUGUUAUACCCAUUUUUUAUCGCAUAGAUCCAUCAGAUGUACGAAAACAGCGGGGAACUUAUGCACUUGAAGAUCGUCCACUUAAGCGCAGUAGGGAUGAGGUGGCCAACUGGAGGGCUGCUUUGGAGGAAGCAGCCAAUAUGUCUGGGUUUCAUUAUUCCAGCAAAACAGGGAGGACAGAGGCCGAUUUUGUUGAGGACAUUGUUCAAGAUGUUUUGACCAAAUUGAAUCGCGAAUUGUCAAGUGAUUUAAGGGGCCUGUUUAGAAUUCAAGGGAAAAUUGAGAAAAUUGAGUCGUUAUUGUGCUUGGAUUCACCAUGUGUUUGCUGUGUAGGUAUUUGGGGCAUGGGUGGUAUUGGCAAGACCACCCUCGCUACUGCUGUAUUUAACAGGCUUGCCUCUAAAUUUGAAGCUUAUUGUUUUCUUGCAAAUGUAAGGGAGAAAUCAGAACAAACGGGUGGAUUAAAUCAGUUGCUAAAUGAACUUGUUCGUGAGAUAUUAAAGGACAAAGAUAUAAACAUCGGCACUCUGUCUAUAGGACCAACUUCUAUUCGAGAUAGGCUCAUGCGUACAAAGGCGCUCAUUGUUCUUGAUGAUGUGAAUGAUCCAAGCCAACUAGAAGUUCUUGUUGGUGAUGAUGAUCGGUUUUGCCAAGGAAGUCGAAUCAUUAUAACUACUAGAGAUAAAGGCCUACUUCAGCAAAAAGUUGACCAUGAAAAGAUAUAUAAUGUUGAGAGAUUAGAUUCUGAUGAAGCUCUUGAGCUCUUUCAUUCGCAUGCUUUUGGAAAUAAGUCUCCAACAACAGAUCAUCCUAAGUUGUCAAGAGAGGUGGUGGAUUAUAUUAAGGGCAUUCCAUUAGCUCUUAAAGUUAUGGGGUCCUCAUUCCGUCGUUGCAAGAGCAAACAAGAGUGGGAAGUUCAAUGGAAAAAAGUGAAACAAUUUCCAAACGAACAAAUCGAUCAAGUGUUGAGAAUAAGUUACGAUGGAUUAGGAAAAAAUGAGAAGGAGAUAUUUCUUGAUAUAGCAUGUUUUCAUAAAGGCCAUGAGAGGAAAGAUGUAGAAAGAAUGUUAGAUAGUUGUGAUUUCUUUGGGGAAACAGGAAUCAAUGAUCUUAUUGAUAGGUCUCUCAUAUCAAUUUCAAAAGGAAGAUGGUCAAAAGAACGUAUAGAGAUGCAUGAUUUGGUGCAAGAAAUGGGUAGGGCAAUUGCUCGAGAACAACGCAGUAGGUUGUUCAAUGAUGAGGAUGUCUAUCAAGUAUUGACAAAUAACCAGAGAGAUGGACAUGUUCAAGCAAUAUCCCUUGACUUGUAUAAGAUUGAAAAACUACACUUGGAGUUGGAAUAUGCAAACUUCAAAAAGAUGUAUCAACUGAGAUUCCUAUGUGUCAGACCUUAUAGUCUUGAGGGAAUUCAAGGUCGUCGCAAUAUUGUUUCUCUUGAUCUUCCCAAUUCUCUUAGAUGUCUUGAGUGGAGGCAUUAUCCUUGGAAAUCUUUGCCAUCAAAAUUUUCUACUCAAAAUCUUGUUGUCCUUGAUAUGUGGUACAGCAAAGUUGAGGGGCAACUUUGGAAUGAAGACCAGAGUCCUGUGAACUUAAAACGGAUCAAUCUUUCUUUCUCCAAACAUCUAAUUGAAGUCCCAAAUCUCUCUCGGAGUCGGAAAAUUGAGCAUAUAAAUCUGAAAGGUUGUCGAAGUUUGGUUGAAAUUCCUUCGUAUUUUCAACAUCUUAGCAAGCUUACUUAUCUUGACCUUGAGGAAUGCGCAUCUCUCAAAAAUCUUCCCGAGAUGCCAUGCAAUCUUGAAUUCUUAAAUUUGCCUUCGACAGCAAUAGAGGAAUUGCCUUCAUCAGUUUGGUCUCACGAAAAAAUAUCUCACUUAGAUAUUAAAUAUUGUAGACACCUGAAGAGUCUUCCAAGCAACAGUUGUAAGCUGAAACUCUUGAGUUAUCUUAGUCUAGAAGACUGCAAAUCUCUUUGCGAGUUUUGGGAGCUUCCCAGUGGUACAACAAUGCUAGACUUGAGUAGUACAUCAAUAAAAGAAUUGAGGAAUACAUCAAUAGAGUCUGUUGUUGGUCUCACUGCAAUUAAACUGAUCUAUUGCAAAAGCCUUGUGAGUCUCCCAACGAGCAUUUGGAAGUUGAAAUCUCUGAAGAGCAUUGAUCUCAGUCUUUGCCUUAACUUUCAACACUUUCCAGACGUCUCGGAGGCUAUGGAACAUCUGGAGUUUCUAAAUUUAUCAGAGACAGCGGUUAAAGAGGUACCCCCAUCAAUUGGAAAUCUAGUUGCGCUUCGAAAUUUAGAUCUUUGUGGUUGCUCUAACUUUGUGAGUCUCCCAACGAACAUUUGGAAGUUGAAAUAUCUGGAGAGCCUUGAUCUCAAUGGUUGCUGUAACUUUCAACACUUACCAGAAAUCUCGGAGGCUAUGGAACAUCUGGAGUUUCUAAAUUUAUCAUGUACAGCAGUUAAAGAGGUACCCCCAUCAAUUGGAAAUCUAGUUGCGCUUCGAAAAUUACACCUGGUUGCGUGCAGUAUACAAGAAAUCCCUGAUGACCUCUUUUGCUUAACCUCAUUACAAGAGUUAAAUAUGAGUAAGACCAAAAUUAAGAGCAUACCUGCAAGCGUUAAACAAGCUGCUCAACUGUCUUGCCUGUGCCUCAAUGGUUGCAAGAGCAUUGAAUCUAUAUCAGAGUUCCCCCCAUCGCUGCAACGUCUUGAAGCAGAUGGUUGCUCGUCACUGAAGACAGUGUCAAGUACAAGCACUGACAUCAUACAAGGUUUGGAAGAAUACAGAUUUUAUGUAGGGCUUUAUGAGUACCAUAUAUUUUCUAAUUGCCCAAAGUUGGAUGAGAAUGCACGAAGCAACAUAAUGGGUGAUGCUCAGCUCAGAAUUAUGCGAAUGGCAACUGCGUCGUCAAAGUUUAAAGAAGACAAAAUUGAAGAAGCAUCAUAUUAUUCAAAUAAGGAAUCGUUACGCAAUAGAUCUUAUGUUGCCAUUUGUUAUCCCGGAAAUGAAAUUCCAAAUUGGUUCAACCAUAAGAGUGAGGGAUGUUCAAUAAAGAUUGAGCUUCCUCGUGAUUGGUUUUGCUCAGAUUUCUUGGGUUUCGCUCUAUCUCUUGUUGCUGUUACUAGAUAUGAUAUGAAGGUUGGAUGCAAGUACAACUUCAAAACUAGUAAUGGUGAAAGCCACGAAGUCAACCAUCAUUUGGAUACUUCGUACCUUGUAUAUGGCAGUGAGUCACAUGACGUGUAUGUGUGGUGGGAUAAUAAUGUCUUUGAAGAAGUUGUAGAGGGAGCUCAAAGCCUCGCUGCAUUUUACAAACUUGUUACUGAGGUCAAUGUUGACUUCACCGCACUGACUGGUAUAUUUUACAAACCUGAACCCGUUCGGGUGGAAAAGUGUGGGAUAUGUAUGUUAUAUGGCAAAGAUGUUGAGAUGAUAAAGCAGAGGGCUCUGUAGAUCAAGCCGAUAUCCCUAAAUUCAAAAUUUCAUUUUAUUUGAGCUGUUUGCUUUGCAAGCCUUUGGCUGAGGACGCUUUUGAGUUUGUUAGGCUUAGGGGUGUCUUUCUUGUUUUAACCCUUGGCCCUCUCCAUCGCCAAGCUUUUUGGCUGAGGAUGCUUUUGAGUUUAGUAAUUUUCUUCAUUCAAUUCAAGUAUUAAAUUGUUAAUAGUCUAUGGAUGCAUUAAAUGCAACUGCUGUGCUUGCUGAAACUUAAAAUUUCUCACUAGAUAUUAUGAGACUGGGGGCAUAAAAGAGUAGAUAUUUUUGGAAA